AGCUAUUCGAUAAAAAUUGAGCUAUCGAAUUUGUUGUUCGUCCUUCAACGGUUGUUUAAAACAUGAAUUUUAAUUUUUGGCCCGUUGCUCCAGCGCAUUAAACAUAAUGGACAGGCUGCUGCCACAGAAUCCAAGUCCUGUCAGCACAUAUUGCUCCGAUCUGGAACUCAAGGGGCUUGGGGCCACGCAAAUCCUGCGCAGGUCGCAGCGCCUGAUCGACAAGGAACACCAGGAACUGACCAAGGCUUUAACCCCACAAUGUCGUUCUCCGCAAUUGUUUGGAGAAUCCGAGGAUGUCUACAGCCAGCUACUCUGCCAGCAAGAGGAACCACCGUCAAAAGUGGUCCACUUGAAGGAAACCGAUAAAGUUGUGCACCCAACCGGAGCUUCGGACAAGUUGGUGCACCUGAGAGCAGAAGAAUCAAAUCAAAUCUUACACCUUAAAUCGUCAAGCAAAAUGCACACCUCGGCGAAGAUUCUGCACUUGAAGCGGCAUGAGGAAGUCCAGGAAACUGCUCCCCAGAAAAAUGUCGAAAAGCCUUCGGCACAGAUUACGCAUUUGAAAAACCAGAUGGAGGUUAAGAAUACAUGCAAGCUACUCCAUGAAGCUGUUCCCCAGAAGAAUCUGAAAAGAAAGAGGACGACUUACCAGCAGAGUUCACAGCCUGCAGCAAAAAAACGUGUCAGGGCGCCGUUGAAUCGCCACGAAGCAGUCAAGACACCGCUCUCCAAGAAGCAUCUAAGCUCAUCCUCUACAUCCUCCCAAUCGAAACUGCCACCCAAAUACCCAGAGCACUUUGACAAGCAGCUAAAGAAUACCAGUUAUGUCCCGUUGCAAGUUAAUUCGGCACCGUCGCGGGUUCCCCUCCAGGAAUUGUGCCCUACUCCUGAACCCACUCCCAUUGCAGCCUCACAAGGCGAAACUUGGAACAAGUCUUCGCCAACUGUGGACUCCGAGAGCUCCUUGCCAAUCUCCCUGAGUGAUUCCAUUUGCGAGAUCUUCGGUUCCAAGGAUGUCAACGACAUACUGAAUAUUAAGUCACCGCGGCGGUACAUACUGAUUGAGGAGCACCUGCCGGCGGUGGCCACCAUGUUGAAUGUGGACGUGAAUCGCCUGCGUAAUGUUCUGGAAAUUACGCAGCGUUUGAGCCACGAACAGAUCCUGGGAUUUCCCAUAAAGACGGAGCCAUCAUCAUCACUCGACGUUUUGGAUUCAAAUUAGCUGAUAUCCAUAUAAGCUGGGAGCCUAGUUCUUAG